GUGUGUGGUAAAUUCAUGGACCGAGUUGGUAAAAUCACUGAGCACGUUGGCAAAACCAUCGCAGCAGUGCAUGCAGGAUGGCGGACGGUGACAAGAUGCAGGAGCAGGUGGUGCGACGGCUGUUUCGAGCCUGGGACCUGGAUGGAAACGGCUCCUUGUCGCACACGGAGGUGAAGCGAGCCAUCCGCGCGCACCCGGCGUUGCGCAAGCACAUCACAAAGGAAGUUGGACCGCACUGGCAGCAAUUGUUUGAUGACUUGGACACGAACCAUGAUGGCAUGAUUGAGGAGCAAGAGCUGGCGGACUUCUUCCGCAAGCACGGCUUCAGCAUCCCACUCACACUGGUGGAGGACGUCAUCAAAUCAACCGAACAGCAACAACAACAACAGCAGCAGCAACAACAACAACAAGGGCAACAAGAGCCACGAGAGUCAGCUGCGACGCCUGCAGCCGCCACAAUGAGCGCGCCACAGCAGCAGCAACAGCAGCAGCAGCAGCAGCAACAGCAGCAGCAGCAGCAACAGCAGCCUCAAGACGAAUCGACCGUACAUCAACAACUAUUGCAAGAGGCGUCUGCCAUCCUGUCACGAACUCCACGGGAUGGCUCGACACAGCUCACCCUCUACCAGCAACCACCAGCCUGGGGUGUGUGCUCCAGUUCCCCUGUGAGCAUCGCAAUCCAAUCCUUUUGCACCUUCCACCAGAUCCCGUUCCAAGUCGUCAACACAACCAACACCGCCAUGUCCACACGAGACGUGCUGCCACUUCUUCGUGUCGGCGCGGACCGCGUGCUGGAGACACCAGAGGCCAUCUUCCAGCACCUCAGCAAACUAUCAGAUGCAAAUGACACUAACGGCAGCAGCGGUGGCGAUGAAACGAGUGCGGACGUGAGCGCAUAUCUCGCCCUCGUCCUGCCGCUCUUCAACAUCGCGGAAACACUGGUGUGGGAGGAGGCCGGCAACCGGGUGGCUGUUGGGCAGGAUGAGCUGUGCACAUAUCCGUGGCCGCUGCAGGUGCUGCUGGCGUGGCGCAGAAGAGUCGCCGCACGCACCGCCGCACACACGCGCAGGCAAUUCCAGCCCGCUGACGUUGAGCAGGAGAUUGACGACAUCUUCUGCGCUGUGAGCGCAAAGCUCGCCACAUGCGCCCCGCACAUCGUCGCAAACAGGUUUACGUUUGUGGAUGCGGUUGUGUAUGGGGUGCUGGCGUGGGCGCUGCACGCACCGCUGGCCGUCAACCCGUUCAAGUCGCGACUUGAGCGCUUCCCGGUCCUCCUCUCCUUCUACCACGAACUCCAACGCAUCCUCGAUUGAACGGGGGAGCGACGUGUGUGUGUGGGGGGGGGGUGUCUGUGUGUGUCUGUCUAUGUCUGUGUGUGUAUCUGUGUGUGUCUGCGUGUGUGUGUCCGUCCAUCUGUCCGCCUGUCUGUCAUUUUGUUCUUUAAUGUGGCUGCAUGCUGCUUGUGAUGUUCACUUGACAAGCCAAUACACAACUUCGCCA